CGCGUACGUUCGGUUGUGAAACGCAGUUUGCGGACCAGACAGAGAUCAUAUUGUGUAGUCAUGCAGUGUGACAGCUCCUGGUGCUGAUCCAUCGUGCAGGGUGAACACAGCAGAGACUGAAUGAUACCCAGAUACUGGAGCAGUGUAAGAACAACCGUGAUCCGAUGACUGUGAAAAUCGUGCAGUGUGAACCCGGCAUAAGACAAAGAAGCUUUUACCGUCGUCUUACUAAGAAAAAUAUAAACCGAAAAAUGAAGAUUAUGCUUUGGUGUGUGACUCUGAUUCUUUUCAACUUUAUCGAAUCUCGAUCAGAGCGUUUACAGUUGGUUGGUCCACAAGAACCUCUUGUUGCUGUCACUGGUGAAGAUCUGAUUCUGCCGUGUUUUAUCAAAUCUAACACCAGUGCUGUGGACAUGACAGUGGAGUGGUUCAAACUAUAUGUAAAGGACUCAUUAGUGCAUCUCUAUAGGGAUCAUAAAGACAGAAAUGAAGGUCAGGCUCAGUCCUACAGAGAAAGAACAUCACUGUUCAAAGAGGAGCUACAGAAAGGCAACGCUUCACUCAAACUCUCAGCUCUCCGAGUCUCUGAUGAAGGAAAAUAUAAGUGUCUUGUUGAGGACAAAUAUGGGUCAGAUGACAUCACUGCGGACGUCAUUGUCGAGGCUCAGGGAAGCAACCCAGUGAUCAGGAUGGAGAGUUAUGAUAACUCAGGAGGGAUUAAUCUAGUGUGUGAGUCCAGAGGCUGGAACCCUGAACCUGAGGUUCUGUGGCUGGACAGAGAAGGAGUCACUCUGCCUGCUGAAGAUACACAGAUACACAGAGACACUGAGGGCUUCAGUGUUAAACGCCGAAUCACUGUUUAUGAUUAUAGCAACUCCAACAGGUUUUACUGCAGACUUCAACAAAAACAUCACAUGAUGGAGACAGAAGUUAUCAUCAAUAGUAAAGUCUUUGAUGCUUGGAAGUGGAAUGUCGGGAUUUCAGUCUUAGCAUGUCUUAUUGCUGUUGGAUUGAUAGUAACUGCAGUUGUUUAUCACAAGAAAGAGAGGCAGAUACAGAUGGUGAAAGCUGAGAUGCAGAAGAAGGAUGAGUAUGCAGAAAUGCAGAGACAGAGCGUGGAAUAUGAGUUUGUAAAGAAGAAACAGUAUGCAGUGGAUGUGACUCUGGAUCCUGAUACAGCUCAUCCCAAACUCAUCCUGUCUGCUGAUGGAAAACAAGUGAGAUAUGAAGACACACCACAGGAUCUCCCUGAUACACCACAUAGAUUUAAUUUUCUCUGUGUUCUGGGAAAGCAGAGUUUCUCAGGGAGAUUUUAUUAUGAGGUGCAGGUCAGAGAGAAAACUGACUGGAUAUUAGGAGUUAUGAGAGAGAGCAUUAACAGGAAGGAGUGGAUUACAUGGGCUCCUCCGAGUGGAGUCUGGACUCUGGAUCUGAGGAAUGAGAAUCAGUACAGGGCUCUUGCUGGUCCUGAUAUCCCCCUCACACUGAGAGAGAAGGUGGAGGUGGUGGGGGUGUUUGUGGAUUAUGAGGAGGGUCUGGUCUCCUUUUAUGAUGUGAAGUCCAGAUCUCAUAUCUACUCUUUCACUGGUCAGUCUUUCACUGAGAAACUCUAUCCAUACUUCUGUCCUUGGUAUAAUGAUGAAGGUAAAAAUUCAGCACCACUGAUCAUCUCUCCUGUAUUUAAGACUGAAUGAAUUUUCACCUCAUAAAUUUAAUCAUCUAUUAAAUGUUGAGAAUAAAAAUAACUUUUACAUUUUCUGGUUAAUUUUAGAAUUAAUUUUCUCUUUAAAGUUGUGUGUGUGUGUUUGUGUGCGUGUGAGAGAGAGAGAGAGUUUGUGUGUGUGUGUGUGUGUGUUUGUGUGCGUGUGUGAGAGAGAGAGAGUUUGGGUGUGUGUGAGUUUGUCUGUGUGUGUGUGUGUGAGUGUGUGUGUGUGUGUGAGUGUGUGUGUACAGAUUAUUUAAAUUCCUGGUUUUAAUCCUACAGUCUGUUAUGUUUAUGAUUCUAUGACAUUAUGAUUGUGUAACUUUGUCAUUACAAAUCACAUUAAUAAAAGAUCAUUUACACUUUA